AUGGUUCUCUCCGACCUGGGCCGGCGCAUCAAUGCCGCCGUGUCGAAUCUCAACCGAGAACCCAACCUCGACGAGAAAGCCUUCGAUGCCAUGAUCAAGGAGAUAUGUUCGGCCCUCCUAUCGGCCGAUGUCAAUGUGCGACUUGUGAAGAAUCUGCGAAAGUCGAUACAGAGUGCCGUCAAUUUUAAAGACCUUCCGCCCAACACGAGUUCCAACCAGAAGAAGCGCAUGAUACAACAAGCAGUCUUCGAGCACCUUGUCCAACUUGUCGAUCCUCAUGCUGAACCCUAUAAACCCAAGAAAGGCAGGUCGAAUGUGAUCAUGAUGGUCGGUCUUCAGGGCGCGGGAAAGACGACAACGUGCACGAAGUUGGCGAGAUACUAUGCGGCCCGAGGAUUCAAGGCUUGUCUGGUUUGCGCCGACACCUUCAGAGCAGGUGCCUAUGAUCAGCUAAAGCAGAAUGCUACAAAAGCGAAGAUACCAUAUUAUGGCUCACUUACACAAACAGAUCCUGCAGUGGUGGCUGCUGAGGGCGUUGGGAGAUUUAAGAAAGAGAAAUUCGAGGUUAUUAUCGUGGAUACUUCGGGGAGACACAAGCAGGAAGCAGACUUGUUCCAAGAAAUGAUCUUUGUCCAAAAUGCGAUCAAACCGGAUCAGACGAUCAUGGUGCUAGAUGGCACCAUUGGUCAAGCCGCCGAGGCUCAGUCGGCCGCAUUUAAAGCGACGGCUGACUUUGGUGCUCUUAUCAUCACAAAAACAGAUGGCGGUGCAGCAGGAGGUGGAGCUAUCGCUGCCGCAGCUGCAACGCAUACCCCUAUUAUCUUUCUCGGUACAGGUGAACAUCUGGCGGAUCUGGAGAGAUUCGAUGCAAGAUCAUUCAUUUCCAAGCUACUUGGAUAUGGGGACAUGAGUGGUCUGAUCGACCAAAUCCAAACACUCACACGGGAGUCGGCAGGGAUGAAGGAGACCCAGAAACAUUUGGCAGAGGGUAUCUUCACGAUCCGUGAUAUGAAAGAGCAAAUCACCAAUAUUAUGAAGAUGGGCCCUCUUUCCAAGAUCGGCAGCAUGAUACCUGGUAUGAGCGGCCUGAUGCAAGGCAUGUCCGACGAGGACGGAACUGAGAAGUUGAAACGCAUGGUCUACAUUUUUGACAGCAUGACGGCCAAAGAGCUGGACUCUGACGGCAAAAUCUUGAUAUCACAGCCGUCUCGAAUGGUGAGAAUCGCCUGUGGAUCGGGCACCAGUGUCAGAGAUGUUGAAGAACUCCUUACACAACAUAAAGUGAUGGCUAGCGUGGCCAAGAACAUGGGUCAACAAAAGAAGAACAUGGCCAAAGCGAACAGUAUGUUGCAAGGCGGCAACAGGCAACAACAGCUCGCAGCAAUGCAGAAACGGAUGCAAAGUAUGGGUGGUGGCCGGGGCGGGAUGCCUGGCGGCGACCUAGGCAAGAUGAUGCAGAUGAUGCAAAACAUGGGCAUGGGGGCUGGUGGCGGAGGCGGAGGAAUGGAUGCUCUUAUGCAGCAGAUGGGAGGAAUGUUCGGCGGUGGACGGGGUCGAGGAAGAUGA